CUCUAAUUUGAUUAGUGCUAUUAAAUCCCAUUUGUCCCAUUUGUUGUUCUUAUACCAAAAUCGUUCAAAAAUUUAUAAAUUUUGUGGAACACAUAAAUAAAAUUUAUGAAAAAAACUGGUUAAACAAAUAGCUAUGAGCACCACCGUCACUUUUAAGGCAUGGCUGAACAAAAAACUGCGUGAAUUAAAUACAGACGAAACGGUGUUUGGUUCCUAUAUUUUGGGAAUCCUUGAAGGCGGUGAAAAUGAUGAAGAGAAAAAAGAAGCCUUGGAUGGUAUACUUGGGGAGAUCUUAAAUGAUAACAUCGACGAGGUUAUACAAUCCAUAAUUGAUAAAUGGCAAGAAUAUCAACCGAACGUAAAUGAAAGUAAUAAUUGUGAUAAAGGGCUUGAUGUGGAGAACAAAUUAACUAAAUUAUUAGAAGCACAUAAUAUACAAACCACAGUUAAGGAACGUACAUACACAGAGGAAGAACGACGCAUUCGUGAGCAGAUAUUGGCUCAGUAUUCGCAGACUGAGGUUAGCGAUGACGAUUAUAACGCCGUUCAUUCAGACGAGGAGUCUGAGAAACAUAUAAGUGGGGGCAGCGGUAAUUCAUCUGUAAAUGGUAUAGAACGUAAUACCAAUGUCCAAGAUGUUUUGGCUUUGCAAAAAGAACGACGCGAGCUGGCACGUUCCGAAGCGGCUGCCAAAAAGCAAAAAGAUAAAGAAGACCGUGAACGUCAAAAGCAGUUACGUGAAGAAAAAAAGGAGAAGCGUAAAACUGUUAAAGGUGAACGUAGAAGAUAGCUGAGCUUCCCAGAAGUCUAGAGACAUAUAUUCGAAUUGUAAGAAUUUCAAAGAUAUAAAAGAAAAAUUGUAAAAUAAAGUCAACCGAAAAAGAAUAUCAGUACACCAUAACGAGAAU